GGUGGCUCGGGCAUCUGAUUAGGAUGCCUCCUGGACACCUCCCUGGUGAGGUGAUCCGGGCACGUCCCACCGGGACGAGGCCCAGAGGAAGAUGACUUGGGAUUCCCCCAAACGAGCUGGACCAAGUGGCUGGGGAGAGGGAAGUCUGGGUCUCUGCUUAGGAUACUGCCGCCGUGACCCGACCCUGGAUAAGCGGAAGACAAUGGAUGGAUGGCUGUACCUUCCACAAGUGUGCAGUCAACUGUGGUUGUAAUGUAAGAAAAUGUGGAAAAGUUUAAGUAGACUGAUGAGUCGUACAUUCAGCAAAAUGUCGUAUCCUAGAAAACUUCCUGUAUGGAUUCCAGCUUAUCCUCCUCUUUGUUGGUUCGUUUUACAUUAUCUAAGUUCCUUUUCAGCAGGAAAACAUUGGCAUAACACCAGUCACUAAUUAUUUGGACAUCAAGUUUUGUUUACAUUGUGCAUCAACUCCCAACAAGUUUUUCUUUUUCUUUCAGUAAAAAAAAAGUAUCUCAUCCACAAACAACAACUGGUUAGUGUGCAUACAUAAGGAAGUCAGGGAUGCUCCAGUGUUCCCAGAGCUUUGAGCCCCUCCUCUAAGACACUCCUUUUCCUCCGUGGUCCUCUGGCGUUUCUUACCUUCUUUUCCGCUCCUCUCAGCCUCGUUGUCUGGCUGUGAACUCUCACCCCAGCUGCUUGGGAAAUGUCACACAGGCAGGGAGGCCCGUGCUGCAGUAGGGGGGCGUAAUGGGAAGGAAAAAAUAACAUUUUCUCCGCACUCAGCGCAUCAUUCCGCAGAGACUCUGCCGUGCAAGUGCCUCAUCCCGCUACCAUCACCACCACCAGCUGCCGCCGAUAACGCAUCGCAGUCUCGGUGCUCGUUUCGCAUUAAAGCGGAUUUAUAUUAUUAAAAAAAUAAAAUAAAAUAAAAACCCUGGCAUGGCAGACAUGUGAGUAGCAACCAUCGCUUUCGUUCUCGUUGCCCGCCGCGUAGUAUCGCUGUUGUAGCCUCUCAGCAGCAGCAGCGGUCAGUGAGCCGCUCAUUCCGGGGAGGAGAGGAUGUCACAUCAAGCCUCGCUUCGGCUUUCUUUACAUCAUUAUUAGGAAAAAAAAAAAAAACCAACAACAACAAAAUGAUCCUGAUUCGGGGUGGCUACCUAAUCAGAAAGGUUGUGAUUUAAAAACAAGCCAUUAUUGUAUCUGUUUCGGUAGAUUCCCCUGACUGUGCCUGUGUGUUGUAGCUGUAGCUGAUUAGCCUGCUCGCAGUGUUUGGAUGCAGCUGUGUGUCUCCAGUCAGAUGUUUGGAGGCCCAGGUUAGAGCAGGAGAUUACUGCGGUGCUGGAGGUGUAGGCAGCAGGGUUUGAUCACAGUAUAAAACAGCGGGGAUUGUACAUAUGAUCGGUCCAAGACUUAUAGAUGCUGGUUGUUUUUAUCAUGUCUUGACUCGAGGAAGCACAGCUGGACUGGGAACUCACUCAGAGCUCGCUGUACGUCCCUAAAUAGUGGAUUUCUCCUGGUAUGAUUUGUAGCUUUCUAGAUAUCUGGUUCUUUUCAAUUUACACUGGUCAAAGAGUAUUUAACUAACUACAAUAAACUAGUGGUGAUAAAAAAAAAAAAAUGUUCUGGUUUGUAAUGGUGCCUGUGGCCAAGCUUACAUACUAUCAGGGCUCCAUCAAUUUCCAGACUCAGAACACAGGGGUCAGGAUCUGAAAGCCCAGGGAGAGUGAUGGAGACAUUGUGACGAUGGAAAAGAAGAGAGAGCAGUAAAGAAAAAGUGGAUUAAUAGGGACAGAGCUGUCAUCCUCCCUCGAAGAUGCCCGCGCAGGAGGCUAACUGGCUUGUGAAGCAUCUGCCCAGUAGAAGAUCCUGGGAUUGAGACGUGAAUCCCUUUACACCGAUGGCCUGGACUGAGUUUCAGCUGGCCUGCUGAAGCUAUGGGGAGCUGCUGGAGCUGCCUUUACAGAGACCCCAUCCAAGACAACCAUCUCACCAAAUUUAAGGUCAUCAACGUGGACGAUGAGGGCAACGAGUUGGGCUCUGGGAUCAUGGAGCUCACCCAGACUGAGCUCAUUCUUCACACACGUAAAAGAGACGCCAUCCGGUGGCCGUAUCUCUGCCUGCGACGCUACGGCUACGACUCCAACCUGUUUUCCUUUGAGAGCGGCCGCCGCUGUCAGACAGGGCAGGGAAUCUUUGCAUUCAAGUGUUCCCGGGCUGAAGAGAUCUUCAACUUGCUCCAGGAGCUGAUGCAAUGUAACAGCAUCAACGUGGUGGAGGAGUCAAUGAUGAUGAGUCGCAGUGGCCACACACCAGAGAUGGACAUGUCACGCACACCACAGACUCCCACCACUCCAGCUUUUCCUGUCCAGUCCUUUCCAAAUGGAUAUCCAGGUUAUCCUAUCAGAGGGGAUUCCUCCCAACCAUCUCUAGAUGAUCAUGGACACAGCCUCAUGGGUUUGGAAGACCAGACUCACACAUAUGUGAAUACUGUGAGUAUGGAAGGGGAUCUUUCCAUGCGUCACUGUGUGCACUCUCUGCCUGAGGUGCGGCCCAGCGCUUUGCCUGAAACGACACGUGGAACCAUGCCUGUUGGAGGCCAAGGGAAUCCGCAGUCCAAACUGAGAUGCUGUCCGCUUGAGGAGUGUAAAGACCCCCAGGUCUUCCUGCAGCCUUCCUCGCAGGAGGUCAAAUUCAUGCUGGGGCCCACUCCAGCACAGCGCCAUCUCAUGCAGAGGGAGAGGCUUGGGCAUAAUCCUCACAACCUUCAGCCAGCAGAGGGUGCUACAGGCUCAGAGACGGAGGGGGACGAGCCCGCCAUGCACUUGUGCAACUCUCACUCCUAUCACCAUUUCCAUCACCACAUGCACCGGCAUCCCAGCCAUGAGCACCCAGACAGCUCCCAGAGCGGCGAGCUCACCUACGAGAACAUCAACGGCCUGCGGAGUGGCCGCAAGCAGCGCCUGAGCCCCAGCAGCGUGUCGCAGUCUGUGGGGUCAAGCAGCAGCAGCAGUACCGGGGAUAGCCACUCACAAUCACUGUUGCACUCACAUGGCCACGGCCCUUCGUCUCUACCGCCCCUGGGCUACGCCUGUGAGAGAGGCAUGGGCGGAGGCCACCGUCGGACAGCUCUUCUCAACUACGAGAACCUGCCGUCACUGCCACCUGUGUGGGAGUACAGCGCCUUGCAGCGGGAUGAUGAGCAGGAGGAGGAUGAUGACGAUCAGGAUGAGGAUGAUUAUGAAGAAGAAGAAGAUGACUUUGAUGAGUAUGAGUUCUCAGAAGGCCCAGGGACCCCCAAUGGGUACCACCAGGAGAGUCUGGGUAUCCACAGAGACGCCCUUCAGAACUAUGUCAACACAGAGCAGGUGCAGCCACCCCGGCUUCGGCACUCCUGCCCGCCACAUCCUCCGGUGUGUCGACCAGACAGCGGAGGGCGGAUAUUUAGCUUUGAUUUCCGAAGGCGAUCGCGAUCAGGGGUUGGAGGUUGCGAGCAUGGCCACAUGCCUGCAUCGCGGCAGUUAAAUUACAUCCAGGUGGACCUGGAGGAAGACCCUCCCCACCAAGCCCUCAGCAGCGGGGGUGGCCAGCCACAGCACCAGCGCCUACCACCCAAAAAAUGUGGCCCGCCGAUACCCAGACGCAACGAGUGCUAUGCCAUCAUCGACCUGAAGAAGACUGCUGCCAUGUCCAACUUGCAGAAGGCGCUGCCCAGGGAUGAUGGGACUUCCAGAAAGACUCGCCACAACAGCACAGACCUGCCUCUGUAAAUGAAGUUCAGACUGAAGACAGAUGAAGGAUCAUCCUCAUUUAGCACACUGGACCCUUCACUGUCAUCCAUCCAUUCAAGCGUCGGGCUGACUAAAAUGGUACAGGUACCUAAUUAGAAACUCAAUUAAUUAUGAAUGGAAAUGAGAAAUGUCUGAGGAGAAUUUGCCAUUUUGUCUUUAUUUGUCAAACAUCAGGUUAAAACUCUCUUAAUAGUACUAAGUCUCAUAUAAAUAUAUGUAUACAUUGCCUUGCAAAAGAACUAAUGUGUCAUAAGCCACUUUUUGUAAUGUUAUAAACAAAAACUUUGAUGCCUUUUUGAGGGGAUUUUAUGUGAUAGACCAACACAAAGUAGUGCUUUUCUUUCAGGAUUGGACUGCAAAAAGCUCCAAUCCAUCUUCUCAUCAACUAUAACCAGCUUCCCUGGCCCUGCUGGGGAAAAGCAUUUUCACAGCAUGUUGCUGCCACAACCAUGUUUCACAGUGGGGAUGGUGUUUCUUUUUUUCAUGUAGGCCAAAAAGUAAAAUUUUGAUCUCAUCUCUCCAGAGCACCCAAUUCCAAAUGUUUGCUGUGUCCCUUAGAUGCCUUGUGUAACACUGUAAAGAGGACUUUUCAUGGCUUUCUUUUGCAGCUCUUCCAUAAAUCACAGAUUUGAAGAGGGCAUAACUCAUUGCUGUCAUAACAACAGAUUCCCCCACCUGAGCUGUGGAUCUCCGCAGCUCCUCUGUAGUUACCAUGAUCCUCACCGCUGCUUCCCCUUGCCUGGGAGUAGAGUUGGCUGCACUGGAUUUUAUUAGAGGGAAUCAGAGUAAAUGGGGCUAAAUAAAAAGGUAGGCCAUUCAGGCAUUUUCCACCUAAUAAUUUCACUGAUCUAUCCCAUAAAAUCAGAAUGAAAUGCAUAAAAGUUUUUGGUUGCAGCGUGACGAGAUGUUUUGCAAGACACUGUGUUCUUCUAAGUAUGACGAUUUAUGCUUUGUUGUUGUCCAACAGAGUUCUUUGUUUUCGGUGGAGGCAAUCAUUGCCAUAAUGUAUUAUCAAGUCAGAAUCACACACCGAUAUUACUCGCAUUUCAUGUUGAAUCUCAUGUUGUUUUGUUUAUUCCUAAUUAUUCUAAACAUCAGAGAUGCAACCCUCAUCAGUGAGGAACCAUUGAUGGCAUGAAGGCAGGUCAGCGGUUCCUCCUGUGGUUGGUGUUCAUACCUCAUCAAAAGCACUUAAAUCUAAUGUUGUGGCUCGUAUGUUUAUUACUGUAUGCUUAAAGAGCAUUUUGCACACAAUCCUAUGGAAUUGUAUUGAAUCAUAUUGUAGAAACCCUUCUAACCGAGGAGAGUUUGAAGGGAAAGAGAUCAAGAUAUUGGGAGAGUAGUACUUAUCCAUAUGACAGUAAACGUAGCAUACGUGGAGUAAAUUACGUUCGGCUCUUUGCUGUCGGCAUGCAGAAAUCAAAACCGUAGCAUCUCAUCCUCGAUCGCAUCUCCUGCAUAUCAUUCCCGACGCAGGGAGGGUGGGUUCAUGCCAGUCACGUUGCACUUUUGACUUCUGGCCACUUCGUCACCCGUGCAGCCACAGGUUUGGUCCUUUUUACCACGAAAAAGAGAGGGGGCCAAAUGGACACUGUUAUACAGCAGCUUCAAUAGUUUAGUUUUAUUAAAGUGUUAUCGGUAGAUACGUCGAUGACCUCAAACAGUGGCAUUAAGCUGUAACCUCACGGGAAUUGAGCUAAAUCUAUGAUUUGUCAGUUAUCAGGGCUGAUUUAAAGGGGGUUCAAGCAUGUUGCAAAGUCAUUAAGAUGCUUUUUGUAAGGUUAUUUAUCAACCGUCUCAAUCAAAUAUUUAUUUAUUUAUUACAUGUUUAUUUAUUCAUUUAAAAAAAAAAAGAUAUGUAAUUUAUUUUUCCUCCAUACGAUGACCAGCGUUUUGUAUUCCAGUAGGUAAUCUGGAGACCAAAGUUUCACCUCAGAUUAACGCUGGACACUGGUGUAUUACUGUUAUUAAUGUGCUUAAGUAUAUUUUUGGAAAAAAAGAAUGACUGUAUUUAUAUUUGAAGUGCCAAAUUGUAAUUGCUAACUGUAGGAAGAAUUAAAAUUUAAAUGUGCCAUGGGGUUUUUGUUUUUGGGAGGGGGGGAAAUUGGGGGAGAGAAAAGGCACACAAAGAAAACAACUGAAGAGGGAAACAAAUAAAUAAAAAAUCCAGCUUUUUGAGAGUUUUACAAAUUAGAAUAAUAAAAACCACACAUUCCACCUCAUCCACAUCUAUAGCCAUGUUGAAGGGAAAUGUAAGAAGGAUAUUCUUUUAGUCUGAUAAUCACUGUUUCGGUGGUUUUUUGCUGCUACUUGUACAUACUAACAGUAGCCCAUAUAAGCUACAGAUACAUGUCAAAAUGAGAAAAAUAAUGUGAUGUCAGACUUUUUACUAUGUUGUCAAUAGAAAUGGUGUCGUUGUCGUCUUCUGGUUUUAUUUCCGGGCGGCAGGAGUGUCACGGCUCGUUUCAAAGAGUGUCUCGUGUGGUCAAAACUUCAUCCCAUCAAGAUUUAUCCUGAACCGGCUGAGAGGGGACGUCCUGGAAGCACAGGCCCCUCUGAUGCCAUCAUCUUUAUUCUAAUUGCUCUGAUUAGCUUGGUGUGUAGAGCUAAAAGGAAGAGGCAGAUGUUUUGGAUUUACUCAUGUCUAAGCCUUUCCAGGCAAGGCAUGCUGUGGCGUUCAGCUCGGUGAUCUUUUUUUAAACCGAGCGUUCGUGUGGAAUUGGUCAAACUCUCAGCUUCUGAAAUGGAGGGGGUUUUUUUGGCUUCAGGGUUGCUUCAAGUGUUAAAAAAUAGCAAAGAUGGCUGAAAUAUUAAAAAGAAUUUGCUCCCAUGGUGCUUUGCUUACAGAAAACGUUGUAAUAAAUCAUUUAUUUAGCCUUGAAAAAAGAUGUAUAUCAUUUUCGUAAUUCUGACAGAUCUAAAAUAGAAAAAAGUGUAGUCUGAUUUAAAGCGAAGGUGAAAAAAAUGCUAAUGUGUCUUUCUAUACAUAGCAUGUAAUCAUCUGAUUUCAACAUUAACAUUUUUUCCAUCACAGAAGAAGCCUCAAAUAACCACGUCAGAAGUUGAGAGCUUGUAAUUAGACUUUUUUUUUUUAUCGUGGACACAAAAAAGACAUCUUGGAGCUAAGUUUUGGGAUUGAAACACUGAAGCAAUAAUAGGAGGACUAUUGUUUUGCGGCUCUAAAAUUAGACCGACACGUGAAGUGUGAAAUCUGAAAAGUAUUCUGUAGAGGUGUAAUUAUACCUAAGCCUACAGAGCAGAUAUAGAAAAAUGACCAAAAAAAAUAAAUCUUUAUCAUUAACAGCGCCAUACAGUAGGUGACCACUGAGUGCUUGUAGUAGAUUAUCUUAUUACUUUUAAAGCAGUGUUGUUAAAUCUUACAAAAAUCAGCCUGUGAUCUGUAUGUAUUUUUAACAUGUGGCUUUAAAGUCAUUAAAAUAACUGUUUACUACUUUUGUUAUGAAACUGUAACCUCACGCAGUUAUUCCAGCAUCAGCACCAGCUUCUCCUGUGUUCACUGACCAAACAAUCAGCAGAAAUAGAAACAUGAUCAUCCUCCAGGUCUUUCUGUUGCCGAGCAUUUUACGCAAUCCCAUUCCUCUCGAGGUCAGUCGAAGUGCAGCUCUAAGCUGUGACUCUGUGGGACUGGAUUCAUGUCGAUGCUUUCUCGAGGCUUUCAUAACGUCUGAGUGUUGAUGCUCCAGGCCCUGUUUCACACAGGUGUCGAUGAAGUUCUUGAGCACCAGUUAGGAUUAGUUUUGCUCAUAUGUAAUCUGCGGGGCAAGUAGCUACAAGUUGAGAUACCACAUCCUGUCUUCAACUUCCCCAAACUGGAUUUACAGAAAGAAAGGCGUUGAACGAAAAAACAAGGGCUUGCUCUGUGUUUACUGUAUGAAACGUAACAGCGUCCAUGUUGCUUGUGUGAUUAUUUUUCUUAUAUUGUAUUAUUAUUAUUUGCAUUGUGCCUUGCAUUUUCAUGCUGGUUAAACAUUUUCAUUGCUGGAAAUGAGGGCAGUUGUUGGAAAAAAGGUGCCUGUUAAAAGUUGGGAGAUUUUAAAAAGGCUUAAAGGAAAAUGUUUAAUAUUUCAGGUUAUUAAAAAUCGUGCCAACAUCUGAUUUACAUCUUACUGUUUUUAAACGUUUUUUUAAAAGAUGUUCACUGAAAGAAAGUUUGAAUGAGUUGCAGUCACUGCUCAGAGUUGGAGAAUGGUGUUACUACUCUUUUGCCUUUACUUUAUACUAUGUUCUACAGACUAUUUCCAGGGUUUUAAAGCCAAAAACCUUCAAUCACGGGAGAAAAUAUAAAAAAAAUCCAUGAUAAAUCCUCUUUCUUUUGGUAGUAUACAGCAGAUCUCAGAAGUCUACAUACAACAGUUGAAGUGAGGCUGUUAUAAAUGAUUUCCAAACCUUUCUGUACAAAACAAACUAAUCUAUGAAAGGAAAACAUAUCUAUAUAGAAAAAGCUGCCAUAUACUGUUUGCAUAAGUCUACAACUAAUACUGCGUUGAAGCUCUUUUUCAUCCAAUUUAGAAUUCAGUCUUUCUUGGUUGGAGUCCAUCAGCCUCCCACAUGUUGACUUGAGAAAAUUCGUCCUCUAUUGUAAAAUGUUUUUCCAAAUCAAUCAGAUUUUGAGGAGAUCUCCUCUACACAGCCCUCCUCGGGGGGACCACACAGAUUAACUGCCAUAUUUAGUUGCAAACUUGGUUGGCUUGGGUGUAUGCAUGACCUCUUUAGCUUAAAAGUCAAUUUAGGAUUUUGAGCCAAAACCGACUGGUAUUUUGAACUGUUCUUGGCUUCAUGCACCUUAACAAAGCAUGUAGGUUCCAUUAGAGGAAGAAUAAUCACAGAGCAUCAUACUACUACCACCAUGUUUCAUUGUGGGUAUGGUCUUGUUUCGGCAAGGUGCUAUGUUGUUGUUGUUGUACCAAACAUACUGAAUACGAUUGUGGCCAGAAAGUACAAGCUGGAUUUAAUCAGACGAUAACACAUUAUUGCACCAGGCUCUGCAAGGUUGUAGUCCGGCCUGAAUGCUUUCUUUUGAAUAAAAUAGUUCAGUCUUGCAACCACAGUAUUUUGUCCAGAACAUAUCGGAUGUUCUCACAUGUAGAACACGAUCAAUACUUGUUGGAAGUUCUUGCUGCUCCUUCUGUGUUGCUGUUGGUCUCUUGGCAGCUUCCCUCACCGGUUUCAGUCUCGUCCAUAUUUCCUCAAAUUAUCUGUGGUCACUUUUAUUGUACCAUGGUGUAUGUAUAGUUUUCUAACCUUCUCCUGACUGAUACCUUUGUACAUGUAGAUUAUUUUAAUCCUAUGUAACCUCCCUGUAAAAUGUGGCAUUAGCUAACAGUUGCAGAUGUCAAAGUCUUACAAGGACAGCUGAACCUCACUAUAAGUGAUAACAGGAGUGAAGUCAAGAAUGUGAAAACUGAAUCAAAAGCUGCUUCAACAAAGUUUGUACCCUUAUGCAACAAGGUAGUUGCAGCAUUUCGUUGUUUAAAUUAUUUUUUCUAAUUAAUUUUUCAAUUAAACACUUCUGGAUAUAUGUGAAAACGUUUAAAAAUUAUUUGUCAAAGUCUAUUUUUUUACUUAAACGAAAACAAACCCCAAAAAACUGGCAUUUUAACAUGUGUGUGUACAUUUUUGAAAACCUACCACUGUAAAUGUUAUCUGCUAAUAUUUAAGCCACAUUUUCCCCUUUGCUGUUCAUUCAUCGGGAUUUCCCGGAGUCCAGUUUAAAAAACUUUGUGUACAGCCUGAGAAUCAGUGCAAGCAACUUUUGAGGCCUUGUCUCAAUCAUACCAACGUCUUACUACCUCUCUGCUGAAGACAUAUCUGCUACUGUACCAGCAUGGCAACUGAUGUUUCUUGGCACUUUGACUUGGAACUUUAACAGUUUCAAGUAGAAUAAUUACACCCAAAUUAGAGGCCAAACCCACAGUAAUUAUAAUGAAUUAAUUUUGGUUUGAAAAUAACUGCAACCUGUAUCUCCAGAACCACAUACGGCUCUUAUUUCUGCAUAUAGUUUCAACAAGCUUGUGCUUUCUUUAAUUUUCCCCAAAUGCAGUGCUGUGAUCAAAUAUAUUUCCCUUUUACAAACCAUGAAACAAAGUCAUUGACAUCUAACCGUGUGGAAAGAGUUUCAUAUCUAUUUGUAAGGCUUUACAGAGAAGAUGUGGAAUCGGAAAAAACAUGGAAGUGAGUGCUGAGCCUUCCCAGGAGUGGCCGGCCUCCCACAAUUACUCCAAGAGCACAUAAUGACUCAUCUAGGAGGUCACAAAUGAAAUGAGAACAUCUAAAGGAUUGUAGGCCUCACUUGCCUCAGUUAAGGUCAAAGUUCAUGUUUUAUCAAUAAGAAAGAAACUAGACAGGAGUGGCGUAGUCCAAGUCACGACUUAAAUCAGAUUAAGGUGCAGUGGUGUGACCUAAAAGGUUUAUGCUUGCAAACUUUCCAAUGUGGCUAAAUUAAAACAUUUCUGUAAAAGUGAGUGAUGGCCAUCAUAAACAGCUACAAAAUUAAACCAGGAUUUAGACUUUUGCAUUUCAAAAAGUCCCUAAAAGCAGUGUGUAGCAAUAGUUUACAGCACUGUUGGAGACCACUUCAGUUGCUGCUGUUCAUAUAGUGUUACAAGAAUCGGAAAUCCCAGUUCUUUUUUUCCUGCCGAUCCGUCAUAGACAUAAGAGACGAAUAACUAGACAUUUACAUAUUCGCACCCAGGGGCAACUUACAGUCGGUACAUAAUCUAACACACAUGUUCUUGGACUGUGGGAGGAAGCUGGAGUCUCCUGUGAAAACCGAUACAUGCACAGGGGGGAACGGUCCACACAGAAUGGCCCCAGCUCUGUAACCUAAAAUUAAAGAAUACAUUGCCAUUAAACAUACAUUUUGAGCUUGUUUUUGUUGCCGUUACCUGCACGUUAUACCUUAUCUUGACAAAGAUAAUCAGUUUAUAGUAAAGACUCGAGAGUGGUGGUGGUAUACUUCUCUAACUCUUGGGAAGUCAUGGAAAAUGUGGACGUAUUGGUAUCAAAACCCAAUGCACCAGAAUUAUUUGCAAGCUCUAAUAAGAGCAGCAAAAUUGUUCCAGAAAACACGUGACAAAGGUGUAAACCAUGACCGAAGCUGUGUCUUCAAAUAUAAGUAGUCAAGUUAAAUAUCAGGGUAUUGUGUUGAAUUUUAUGACAAUCUGAAUUCUCAUCAGCUGAUCAGCUGUUCUCAUAGUGACCAUGGGGAUAUUCAUUGUUUAUUCAAUUUGUUUGCACUUUUCAAUCUUGGAUCUAAUCGAGGUGUACGUUUAAAAAAAAAAAAAAAAAAAAAGGACUUAAAUUCUGGCAUCAGAUUAUAAGAAUACAGUAAAACUAGAGGGACAAAGCCAGCAGUCAGUGCCACACAUCAUCUUCAUGACGUUUCCAUCCUCAUGUUAGUCAUUUUCCUUUUUUUAAGCUUCAUUUUAAAAAUAAUUUCUUCCUUCAUAUGACAUAAUCCAAAUAACAUGUUGUUGAACCUCAACGUUUUUGUCCCCGCUGUGAGAUAACUCUGUCAAAUACUGAAAGUAUCAGAAGACUGUAAUAUCUCAUCUUAUGACUGUGUAUUUUACUUUUUAAUCUCUUUUUCUUGUCUGGUACAGGCUGUAAUUCCCACCAGAGGGUGAUGUACAUGUAUGGGUCUGAGCUGCACAUUUUUUCAUUUUCUUUUGUGACAGAUUUGUGUAUUUAUGUGCAGGUGGGAAUAAAACUUUGUGACUACUAUAUGAAUUUCUGAAUGGAAUGAGUGCCAAAUAUGCCUGAGCAUGAUAAAAAAAAUGUUACCCAAGAGGAGCUGGUGGUACUCCUGACUCACCACAGCCGGGGAAAAAAAUAAAUAAAUCAAAUGCACAGCUGAAGGUUUGACCAUGCUCAAUAUUUUUGCUGAAAGUGCGAAAAAGUUUAAGAAUUUUUGUCUUGUUUUUAAAAAAAAAAAACAAACAAAAAAAAGUUUCUUCAAAAAUAUUUGUUGUAUGUUUCUGUGUCCACCCAUGGCUUAUAAAUACUGUCAGUGAUGGUCUUCUUCAUGCGCCAUUAGCAGUGAAUAUUAAAAACUGACUAUUUUUUUUUUUUUGUUGGACUUGGAAAAAGAAGAAAAAAACACAUUUGGGUUUUUUUUUUCAUUCUUGAAUUCUGUUUUUGUGUGUUUUUAAUCAUCCCAAAAACAAAGUGAGCCUAACAUUCGGUGAAUUUUAUUCUGGAUUUAUUCAAUUAUUUGUCCAAAAUGUUAAAGUAAAUGUAAUUCUAAUAUUAAAAUGAAGCUAUGAAAAACA